AUGGCCAUGGCCAAUAUGAUUAGGAAGAGUGGAUUGGAAGUGGAGUCAACUCCACUGUUGUUAUGUGGCGACUUUAACAAUGGACCAACUCAAAAGACCUACACACUACUCAGUGAUGGACACUAUCUUCUCGACUCAUUCAAACUCAGCCAUCCAUUCAAGUUGACCAGUGUAUACAAUCAUCGUCCAACUGGUGAGCCACCCUUUACCUGUGUUACAAGACACUUCAAAGGAAACAUUGAUCAAAUAUGGAAGACUCCACAUUUUAACAUCAAGUCCAUACUUGAGAUUGGUGAUCAUUAUCCUCCACAACUGCCAUCCACUGUUGACCCAUCAGAUCAUAUCAUGCUAAUGGCUGACUUGAUAUUAUAA